AUGUCUUCCCUAUUGCCAUUAGCAUCGUAUAACCUUGAACUUCAACCGUUCUCUCCAGAACCUUGUCAGCCUGAGGACUUCCCAGUCACUGUCAGAUUGACUUUGGCAGCUGUUAACCCAGAAGCAUUCGACGAUAAGGAGGAGCCAUCCACCUUGAGAAUCCUCAAGAAGUCUGUCCAGCUUGACGACUUCGACUCUGACGAUGAGGAUUUUGAUAUCGACAUGGAUGAGUCCAGCGACGAGGAGAAUGAGGAGAAGAUCACUGAAGUUGAAGACGAAAACGCUGAAAAAGAAAAGUCUGACGAAUCCGAGGACGACGAGGACAACUCUGAGAACUCUGAGAACUCUGACGAGGAUGACGAGGAGGACGAUGAUGAGGAGGACUUUGAGGAUGACGAAGCCAUCGAGGAGCACAUCAUCUGUACCUUGUCUCCAAAGAGCCAAUACCAACAGACUUUGGACCUGACCAUCUUGCCAGACGAGGAAGUUUACUUUGUUGUCACCGGAUCGUAUUCUAUCCACUUGACCGGUAACUACGUUGAGCACCCUUACGACGAGGAGGAAGAUGACUACUCUGAUGAGGACUCUGAGGACGAUGAGGAUUACGACAGUGACGAGUACGACUUGACUCCUGAUGAGGACGAGAUUGUUGACGGCGAGGACUUCGACCUCGACGAAUUGGAAGGUGUCGAUGACAUCGAAGGUAAGAUUGAAGAGCUUGUUGAGGAAGAUCAAAAAGCUGGAAAAACCGAAAAAGCUGACGCAAAAAAGAGAGUCGCAGAGGAGGAGCCAAAGCAGGAGAAGGAGACAAAAAAGUCCAAGAAGGAGGCAAAAAAGGAGGCAAAAAAGGACAAAUCUGUCAAGUUCAAUAAGGAGCUUGAGCAGGGUCCCACUGGUCCAGCCGCCAAGGAGUCUCCAAAGGCCGAUGAGAAAAAGAAGUUUCCCAUUAAGCAGUUGCAGGGUGGUGUGACUGUCGAGGACAGAACUGUUGGAACCGGACAGAUUUGCAAGAAGGGACAGAAAGUCGGUGUCAGAUACAUUGGAAAGUUGAAGAACGGAAAAGUGUUCGACAAAAACACUUCCGGAAAGCCAUUCAUCUUUGCUUUGGGCAAGGGUGAAGUUAUUAAAGGCUGGGACGUUGGUGUUGCUGGUAUGGCUGUUGGCGGUGAGAGAAGAAUCAUCGUUCCUGCUGCUAUGGCCUAUGGAUCCAAGAAACUUCCAGGUAUUCCAGCCAACUCCGAAUUGACUUUCGACGUCAAGUUGUUGAGCAUUAAAUAA